AUGCUGUCCCUGACAGAGCACAAUGACAAACAGGUUCAUCAAAUUGCACGAAGUUUUCGAGAUAGAUGGAUCCCUAGACAUAUCAGAAAACAUAGCUACAUGGAUAGAGAUGAUGGGAGGAUGGAGAUUCACAGAGUUUCAAACUGCAAUAGGGUUUCAGCUUCUCAUAAUCAUCGGCAUGAUCAGGGUGUAAGACACACUGAAGAACUGAAUGGUACAGCAGAAUCAAACCUCGCAAUGACUUCAGUGGGCACUGCAGUCCAUGAGGAGAGCUCUGCAAAUCGUGUAGGUUGUGGUACAAGAACUCGCAAGCGUAAAAGUCGAUGGGAUCAACCAGCUGUGGUAAACAUUGCUUCCAGAUCUCUUCAGCAUAUUGAACAGAAGGUUGAGUCUGGGUUGGUACAACAAUCUGAAUCUAACCCAUUACCUGAGUUAAGUAAAGAAGUGUCAGAUCAUGUAGACAAGGCAGGUGGACAGUACAGUUAUUGCCCUCAUUGUGUUCGCAAUUAUGGUCGGCAAGAUGAAGCUAGUAGUGCUGAUGACAGAAGGCAAAAUUCUCAUGAGGAUGUUCCACCUGGAUUCUCAUCUCCGAUUAACUCUGCUCUUGCAUCCUAUGCUUCUUCGACUGUUGCUGAUCUCCCUCAACAAAAUGUUAUCCAUUUUAAGUUUCCUGUUGGUAUGGUUGUCGGUCUUCCGCAGAAGAAAUUCAAUUCCCACUUGCCUGUCUCAUAUGGAAUUCCAUUGCCUGUUAUGCAGCAAUUAGGGUCACCCCUGGCUGAUACUGUAGAGAGUUGGGUUAUUGCUCCUGGCAUGCCUUUCCAUCCUUUUCCCCCAUUACCACCACUUCCCUCCUGUAAGAAAGGGACUCCACCUUGUGCUGUGAGCUCUAUGGACAUUGAUGACACUGCAGAUCAAGGGCAACAGGACAGCCAUGAUCCUGCCACUUGUCCGAAUGAAAAUAGUCCAAGCACAAGUGGUGCUAACCAACCAGAUGUGAAAAGUCCAGGUCCAAACGACCAUCAAACAUUUAAACGUGCAAGAGGAUCCUCAUAUGAUUUGGGAAGGAGGUACUUUAAGCAACAGAAGUGGAAUAAAGUGCCUCUUCCAUGGGUUCGGAAUAGGAAUGGGUGGGGAUGUGUAGGAGACAACUCAAGAGGUGGAAUGUGCAGCACUGACAUGGGAAGUCUAACAGAUGAACAGAGAAACUCUUACUGUUGA